UUAACGCUCUGAAUGCUGAAUACUCAUUCAUCAUGGCUGUACCGUCAUCUAGCCAACCGUUGGCUUUACGCGCUAACCAGCGACAUGUGUAAAGGCUCGACAAGUCGGUCGUAACCACACCUGUACACCCGUACAGCCGUGUAUCUAGCGACUUUAGCCGUAAUAUCGGCUGAUGAAUAUUUUCUAACUUGAACGGCACUUUUCCUGCUCGGUGUACCGGGAACUACGUGUUAUGGGAGAGACACGGAGGUCAGACGAGCGGUGGGCUGUCAACAGUAAUGUCCGAGUUAAAAGAGCCUGCUGCCGCCUUGACAGCUGUCUUUUGAUAUUACAGCACUGAUCAACUUGCAGUUGAAUCAUGCCUGGAAAACUAAAGGCCAGGAUUGUGGCAGGGCGCCACUUGCCUGUGAUGGACAGAGCCAGUGAUCUUACUGAUGCUUUUGUAGAGGUUAAGUUUGGAAACACAACUUUCAAAACCGAUGUCUGUCCCAAAUCCCUCAAUCCACAGUGGAACUCAGAGUGGUUCAAAUUUGAGGUUGACGAUGAGGACUUGCAGGAUGAGCCUUUGCAGGUCACAGUGUUGGACCACGACACUUAUAGUGCUAAUGAUGCCAUAGGGAAAGUUUACAUUGACAUUGAUCCGCUGCUGUGCAGUGAGGCUGCGUCUGUCAUCUCCGGCUGGUUUCCCAUCUAUGAUACCAUCCACGGUAUCCGAGGGGAGAUAAAUGUUCUCGUCAAAGUGGAGCUUUUUAAUGAUUUGAACCGCUUCAGACAAUCCUCCUGCGGGGUCAAGUUCUUCUGCACCACAUCCAUUCCACGGUGCUACCGGGCAGCGAUGGUGCACGGGUUUGUGGAGGAACUUGUGGUGAAUGAAGAUCCAGAGUACCAGUGGAUCGACCGUAUUCGAACUCCUCGGGCCUCCAAUGAAGCCCGUCAGAGGCUCAUAUCUCUUAUGUCUGGAGAGCUGCAGAGGAAAAUAGGGCUUAAGGUACUGGAGAUGGGCGGGAAUGCAGUGGUGGGCUACUUGCAGUGUUUUGACCUGGAGGGCGAGUCUGGCCUGGUGGUCCGGGCCAUAGGUACUGCCUGCACACUGGACAAACUCAGCUCUGGAAGCGCCCCCAACACCAACACACACAUGCACCCUAACACAGCCCCUGCCUCCAACGCCUGCAAUUCCCCUUCCAAGGAUGGAAAGGAGCCGGUAUUUGGUGAGGACCUGCUCUCGUCCUCUGGCCCGCCAACCCCUUUCAGAGCCCUUCCCACCUCCUCCUCCUCUCCUCCCCCCUUCUCUCCCUCCAAGCCAUGCAGCCGCCAGUCCUCAUCAUCAGACACAGACCUCAGUUUGACGCCCAAGACGGAGAAGGCCCAGCCAGUGAGACGCAGGCCUGGGAUCUUCCUCUGCCCCAGCUCCCCCACCCUCUCCACAGACACUCUGUCCCUUCCUGGUUCUGGCUCAGUGGGCUGUGGUCACGGCUCUGCCCCCAGAGCCACCACCCCGCCCCCUCUCUCCUCCAUCCGCUCAGACUCUGCCUUGCUGAGAAAGAGCGUGUCCUUCACCGAGGACCUGCUGCUGGCAGCCUCCGGGAUGGGCAGCGGGGGAAGUGCUGGAAAGGAGGCGGGGCCUCUGAAGACCCUGCUCAGACAACAGACGCAGACGGCUCUCGAGCAGAGGGGAGCGUCCUCCUCUGGGUUAUUGUUAAACGCCAGGGAGUUCCCCUUCUUCACCUUGACGUCUUUUCCGCCUGGUUUUCUGGUUCAUGUCGGUGGAGUGGUCAGUGCUCGCUCUGUCAAACUACUGGACCGUAUACACAACCCCGAUGAGCCAGAGACUCGCGAUGCCUGGUGGGAGGAGAUUCGCCAGGAGAUCAAAUCUCAUGCCAAAGCUCUAGGUUGCCAUGCUGUUGUGGGGUACAGCGAGAGCACUAGCAUCUGUGAGGAGGUGUGUAUCCUCUCAGCAUCAGGCACAGCAGCCAUCCUGAAUCCUCGGUAUAUGCGUGAAGGCUGCCUGGACAUGGGAAUCACCGACCACAGGUUUGAGGAGCCUUCUCCCCCGAGCUGUGGCUUCUGUCACAUCCCGUACGACGAGCUCAACAUGCCCUUUCCCGCCCAGCUCACCUACUGUUACCACUGCAGACGACAAAAGGUUCCGGAUGUGCUGUUCACAACAAUCGACCUGCCACCAGAAGCAGCUGUUACAGGGAAGGGCUGCCUAAUACAGGCCAGACUGUGUCGUCUAAAAAAGAAGGCUCAGGGUGAAGUGAACGCGACCGCCAUCUCCAACCUGCUGCCCUUCAUGGAGUAUGAGCUGCACACCCAGCUGAUGAACAAACUGAAGCUGCGGAGCAUGAACGCUCUGUUUGGUUUACACAUACAGAUCAGUGUCGGAGAGAACAUGCUUCUGGGUCUGGCUUCGGCUACAGGAGUGUACCUGACGGCCCUGCCGGCACCAGGGGGCAUCCAGAUUGCGGGGAAGACUCCAGGUGACCUGAGCAAUGAGCAGCACAUCCUCACCAUCCAGAAAAGGAUUAAUGACACCAUAGCCAAGAACAAAGAGCUCUAUCAAAUAAACCCUCCGAAAUUAUUUGCCCUGGACCCUGAGGUGUUCUGCGGCAUAAACAUGGAGCUGACAGAGGAAGUGGUGGGUUCUCCAAUUCCUGACCCGAGGCAACGAUCCAGACUUUUCCGCUCCCACUCAGAAAGCUCAGACGAGGUGUCAGAACUCGAUCUCUCGCAUGGAAAGAAGGAUGCCUUCGUCCUGGAGAUUGAUGACACGGAUGCUGUGGAGGACAUCCACUCCCUCCUCACUGAUGCCCCUACCCCUACAGGUUUCUACAGCUGCAACACUGAGGUCAUGCCUGGGAUUUACAACUGGACUUCCGGGGUUCAGAUGUUUACAUCAGUGAGGGUCCUUAGGUUGAGUAAUGCCAAUCUUACUAACCAAGGCUUGAACAAGAUCUUCACUGACCUAUGUGAGAAUCUGCUGAAGAGUUUUUACUUCAAGCUGCGCUCUAUGAUCCCCUGCUGUCUUUGUCGUCUCAACUUCACCGUAGCAGUGCCAGAAGAAGAACUCAUACAGGUCGCUGUGACAGCGGUUGCCAUGACGUUUGACAAAGACCAGACUCAGGAGAAGCCAGCAGAAAAGGCCAUUACCAAAGGAUGCAGUGAGACCGAAGAUCAGCUGCAGUUUCCCUUGGAGUUGUGUGCAGACGCGUCAUCUGCCAACAAUCAGCCAUCAUCCAAAAUCUCAGGUGUCCCAGAGACUACCAACGUCUCAUCUAGAGCUGCCUCCGUUGAUUACGGUUCCUUUGCAGACAGAUGCAGCACCUGGCUAGAGCUGCUUAGGCUGAAAGCUCACACCAUAAGACGAGGAUCAGUUAAGACAAGUAGGAGGACACAGUCUCUAGCACACUCUGUCUCAUCUUUGGACCGCUCCAGUCCACUGCCGGAGGGACGUUCCCGCUCGCUGCGAUCCAAUCGCUCGUUUGCGGGCGGUUCAGUCACCGUAGUCAAGAUGACACCGCUCUCCUUCCUCCCUGGGACACGCAUCAUUAAAUACCUUGGGAUCAUCAACAUGUUUUUCAUCAGAGAGACCUCAUCGUUACGGGAGGAAGGCGGCGUCAGUGGCUUCCUCCAUUCAUUCAUUGCAGAGGUGUUUGCGAUGGUUCGAGCCCAUGUAGCAGCCCUGGGAGGCAAUGCAGUUGUGUCCUACAGCAUGAAAGAGUGUGUGUUUAUGGAAAAUCCAAACAAGAACCAGGCUCAGUGUCUCAUCAAUGUGAGUGGUGAUGCCGUCAUCUGUGUCAGGGAAACGGACCAGGAGCCCAUUCCCUCAAUGACAAAUAUCGGACAGACCUGCACUAGCGGAACAGAUGGGGCUACAUGACAGUGAAACACAGCCUCACUUUGCCUGCAGGACACACAAUAUGAGUGAACACACACUCGGAGUCUAGCCGUUCAAAUAUGAGUCAUUUAUUGUCUGCCUUAAAACUCUGUAAAAGAUCCAAAGGGUUGGACACAGGUAAUAAAGAACAAAAAGUACUCACAUACACUCAUAAACAUGCAGUCUGUAUUAAUAUAAGAGUGCAGACUGUUUCCUUGUGUUUUUCUAUGUUCGACGAGAGUGCAGGAGAUACUGAUGCAGCUCUUUUGGGAAUUAGGUCAUCUGAGCGGGUUUUAAAAACGUUUUGGUUAAAACAUCAACAGCCAAAGGACUUCUCUGCAUCUAACUUUUGUCUCUGUAUUACAACCGUCCAUUGUGGGGUCACGCAAAGCUACAGUACGUUGGCCAUCCCGUUGUGUGUGUGUGGGCACAAGUGACGCUUGAGGCAGCUAUGACUAAUUUGUCCAUCCACAGCUCACAGGCGGAGUCAUUAAAUGGCCAUGCCAAAAGGGACAGACACAGUUGUAUGCCAUCGACUCAUUUAAAUGCAGUCAGAUUCUCACUCUGUGUUACGAUUUGAAGUAACUUCCAGAUUAAAGGCCCAUCUGUUCAUUUCAAAGUAACCACAUGAUAAAAACUGUGUCAGGCAAAGGCAGAGUAUUCAAUUUCCAACAAGGCUGGUACUCUCCACCCAAGAAUGGAAAUGUUGACGCUAGAAUCCAAACAACCCAGACACAUCUGUGAUGCCAUUUUGUUAUAAUUACCUACUAGUUAACUGGUGUCCUGUUUUUAAUGUUUAAAUAAGAUUUUGUAUUGAUUUGAUUGGUAAUCUAACCUAAUUACUGUCACAGUAUUGCUCACAAGCAGUAUCCUAAAGAUAAUCAAAUUCCCUCAAAGUGUCAAAUGUCAGUCUUGUUCUUUCAUGCAUCAGUUGGGGAGGAUUUCAGGCAAUGAACAUAUUUUUCUAUAGGGCAGUAAUUUUCCUUUUAGAACGACCAUUGGCGUUGUGUUCCAAUGAUUAUUUUAUAAAUAAAAAAUGAUUAGGAUUUUUAUUUCUUCACCUUGAAAUGGUGAAAUGGCAUAAUGUGUAUGCAUUGUAUUCACAUGUACAUCUGGUGUGAGAGGGCAAAUGGUGAUGGGUAUAAUGGUCAGAUGGAUAUAAAUGAAACAGACUUGCAGUCUUAGUCAUACAAUGUGGACUUUAGGGAAGCCAAGGAUAUUUCAUAGGAUAAAGUCUUUGAGAUCGCUUUGACUGAAUUAAACCUUUUUAGCUGUGUGAACUGAAGUAACUUUUGCUUCACUUGCAGCUCUAGGGUGAUUUCCUCUGGAUGCUUCUUGCUGUCAUUGUCAGAUUCAUCACUGUUGCUUUGGAGCUCAUGUUCUGAGUAAUAGUCCUGCUACUGAUCUGUCUUUUUUCGACGUUCAAUGUCCAAUGCUGGAAAAAGCAUCUUCUGGUUUAGGUGCCACCUGAAAAUAAACUGUGUAAAUGUUCUCUAAAAAAAAGAUUUUAGUAUUUUUGUAACAUAGACUUUAUGAAACUUAACUGCUCGUUUUUGCCUGUGCAAUCAAUCCCUGAUGUUUUGACUCACCGUGUCAAGAGAAUUAGUGAUACUCUAAUCUGUUUGUGAUCGGUUUCCUAUAUUUGUGUCUAAAAACUUGAAUGUACAUACUUAGAUGCAUUUGCUUUCUGACUAGCAGCAUGCAGACCUACUUUUUAUUGCCAUGAAUCUGUAUGCUUGCCUGGUAAGUCUUGCACAAUAAACUCAAAGAAAGAUG